AUGGAAGAAUCUCAAGUUCGAUUCGGAGAUAUAACCUCUGCAGAUGUCAAAUUGUGGUUGACGGGCACAAAUGGGCAAAAAUACGAAAGAAACCCAAUUUAUCUCCAUUCUGCGAUUCUGAAAAGAUCAGAGUUUCUUCAAGCCAUGAUGUCUGAACGCUGGUCAUCAGGUAAAUCAACUGAACUAAGCGUAACUACGUGUCAUAACUUUGCUGACUAUUUAAAAUGCAUCGAACUCAUGUAUUUCCAGCGUUUGUAUUUCUCCAAUGUUGAGGAAUGCCUGACUAUUCUGUCACUUGCUUCUGAGUUGUUGGCUAAUGACAUCAUCACCAAAUGCAUGGAAUAUUUGCAGGGAGUUCAUUGGAGUGCUGCGGAAGAAACCCGAAUUGGAGAUGUGCUCUCUUGUCUGGGAUUGAAACCUUUACCAGAUUUAGCUGCAAGGCUAGAUAAUGACGGCGCCCACCAUAUAAUAUUUGUGGAUAGAAUUAUCAAAGAAAUGGUCUCUCUUAUUCAGGAUAGCGAGAGCAAGGAAACCCUAAUGAGGAUAAAUGCGGAGAAAUAUAUAGGAGGCAUCUUCGAGCGAAAUACACCACGAGAUGUUGUGGAAAUAUGUGAGCGUGAAAUUUUGCAAGGGUUCAAAUCAUCUCUCGGUUCUCACGAUUUCUCAGCUAUAAGGUCGCUCUCUAAUUUUUUGGAGCAUUGUGACGGAGAGACACUGAAAGCUGAAUUAAUAGUUUUAGUUGAAGAUCCAGAAUUUAUGACGUAUGUGAAGAAGAUUAUGAAGGGACUAGAAUCCGACCGAUGUGGUCAAGUGUUCUACAGUAUGCCACAAUUAAUAGCUUUAGUUGAAGAUCCAGAAUUAUUGCCGCAUUUGAGAUUUCUAUACCAAAAAAGUUAUGAAGAUGUGUUCUACACUAUAAUCUGGUUUAUGAAUGCCACAGGAGCAGGAAAGAUUAUAAUUUCAAGAGCUUCUCGGAAUUCUUUCCUCACGACUUGGUUACCAAUCAUGACAGAAUUAUGUCGUAAAAGAGUUGACAAACUUGAGGAGCUUGAUAAGGCGGUGCUUAAUGUGGUCAAGGGUUUACCUCUGGCGGACAAGAUACGUAUUUGUGUGGAAUGGAUAGAGCUUUACAAGAAGUAUUACAUGGACAUCUCUACGCUACUAACUUUGUUUAAAGAUCUGCACGAUGCUCAUUACAAAUCGAUGUGA